AUGGCCUCGAGCGAGCUCGCUUCAUUAAAAGGUGCGACUAACGGCCGUGACCCCGAGGUGCCGGCCCAGUCCUUCGCCAAGAUCAAAAGCAUAGAGUAUUUCCGCGUGAAGCCCCGAUGGCUGUUCGUCAAGAUCUGCGACGACAAGGGCAACUUUGGCUGGGGCGAGGCGACGUUGGAGGGCCACACCCGGGCCGUCGAGGGUGCGUUGGACGAGAUCAUUGAGAGAGUGGUCGGGUUGGAAGCAGAUGACAUCGAACAUAUCUGGCAGUUGAUAUGGCGGUUGGGGUUCUAUCGCGGAGGGCCGGUCUUUAUGUCUGCGUUGUCGGGCGUUGAUAUUGCGCUUUGGGAUUUGAAAGGUCGACGGCUGAACGUCCCCGUGUACCAGCUCCUCGGGGGCAAGGUCCGCAACAAAGUCCAAGUGUACGCAUGGUGCGGCGGCGACUCUCCCGCAGGCGUCGAAGAGGCGGCAAAGGCACGCAUCGCGCAGGGCCUGAAAUGCAUCAAGAUGAACGCCACCGCGGACGUCAACUGGCUCGACUCCCCCUCGGUGCUGGACUCGUGCGUCGAGCGCCUCAAGAUCGUCAAGUCCCUAGGCCUGGACGCCGGGCUCGACUUCCACGGCCGCCUGCACAAACCCAUGGCCAAACAGCUGGCCAAGGCCUUGGAGCCGUACCGCCCCUUGUUCAUCGAGGAACCUUUGUUGGUUGAACACCCCGAGGCGCUGGCCCAGUUGGCUCAACACACGACCAUCCCCAUCGCGCUGGGCGAGCGGCUCUACACGCGCUGGGACGUCAAGCGGUUCCUGCAGGACGGGAGCAUCGACAUUCUCCAGCCGGACAUUGCGCACGCGGGCGGCAUCUCCGAGACGCGCCGCAUUGCCAGCAUGGCCGAGGCGUACGAUGUGGCCAUUGCGCCGCAUUGUCCGCUAGGUCCCAUCGCGUUGGCCGCGAGCAUGCAGGUCGCGCUGUGUACGCCCAACUUUGUCAUCCAGGAGAUGUCGUUGGGGAUGCAUUAUAAUGUCGAGGCCGGGGAGGAGGAUCUCAACACGUACCUGCGUGAUCGGGCCGUGUUUGAUAUCAAGGAUGGGUAUGUAGAUGCGUUGAGGGGGCCGGGGCUGGGCGUCGAGAUUGAUGAGGAGACGGUGAGGAGGAUCUCGAAGACCGCGGGGCACUGGCAGUGUAAGGAGUUUUAUGGGCCGGACGGGAAUAUCAGGGAGUGGUAG